AUGAGUCAUCAUCAUCAUUCAAAUAAAAAUACUCACCAUGAUAAAGGCACGGUUAAUCCUUCCAAGAACUCUCAGUCGGAUGAAAAACAUAAUGAUACACAUUCAAAUGAUCCCUUUGUAUAUCUCUAUUCACAGGUUAUUCCAAAAGAUGGUAAGAAGAUAAGUUCAUUCCAAUACAAAUUAAACCGUAAAACUAAAAAAUCUGAAGAAAGUUUGAACGUUAUGAACCUCCCCACCUUGAAUCCGCUCAAGAAUGGUCAAUUGUAUAUAUUGGCACUUAAAAAUGACGGUAAUUAUAUGACCUCUACUGCUACAGGAUUCAUUCCAGAUAUGGCAACCAUAACUGUAACAAGAGAGACAUUAACAGGUUCAGUAGUUCUUGAAAAAAUGACUAACAAUUCCGGAAAGUUACGUCACGCUAAUUCAAUAACAAAUUUGAUUGAUUCAAGCUUCCCUAUUCCAAAUGGAGCUGUAGUUCUUAGAAUACUCCAAGCAGGAACAGCUAGUAAUUCUUUCGAAACUAUUGCAUCUCUUCUUGUUGAAGGAUAUCCCGAAACCAUUAAAGUAAAUAUUUCUAAACCAGAAGAAAAGUAUUCUCAAUCAUUUGCUUUCCAGCAACUACCAACUGUUCCAAGAAGACUUGCACCUACUUACCCUUAUUAUUCUGUGGAAAAUGGAACUGUAACAGAAGUCCACGGCGACAAGAAAUAUGUUACUAAAGAUUUCCCAGAUUCUGCCAGAAAUACACCAUCAAUUUUAAUUUGCCAGGUUGAACAGAAUUUUGAGAUUCAUGUCUUAACCUCAUUUCCAUUUGGAGGUAGUGAAACAAUCAUCCUAGAUUGCCUCAACCGUAAGAAUGAGCCAAGAUCUCUCGAUUCCAUUAAGUUUGAAAACUGGAACAUCAAGAGAACAAGUAAGAGGCUUAAUACAUCAUACACAAAAGACGAAAUCCUUCCAGGUAUGGUCUUUGUUAAGAUUGUUAGAAAGAAUGUCGACGAUAUAAUUCAAAUUUACGAUACUUUGUAUCCAGGACCAAGAUACAAAGAUGUUAAGGUAAGAUUAACCAUUACAAAGCCAACUGGUGCUUUAGGUUUACUUAAUACUGUUCCUAUCCCAGAUACAAAGAUUUUGCCUGGAUUUAGAAAACAUUCUCAUUCUUCUAACCACAAACAGCCAAAGAAAGAAGAGGAAAAGCCUAAAGAAAAAGAAACACCAAAGAAACCAGAAAAGAAAGAGCCAAAGAAGGAAGAAAAGAAAGAUGAAAAGAAGUCUCCAAAGAAGAAACAAGAGAAGCCAUCACCAGCAAAGCCUAAACCAGUCGUAGAAGAAUACUAUUACUACUAUUCUGACGAGGACGAGCCACCAGUUCAAAAUGUUACAAUUUAUGUCGAUGAAGACGGUAAUAUUAUUGAAGGCGAAGGAGCUGGUGUUCAGAAGGGUAAGAAGAUCUCUGAUGUGUUAAAGAAGAUGAACGAAAGUGGAGCAAAGGUCAAUGUUAAAGAAGAAGAUGAAAUUUAUUUUAGGAUUUGA